AUGGGCAACACACACUCCAACUCGAAUGCCAGAAUGGCGGGCAUCGGCAAUCUCGUCGCCGAAGUGGGUAACGACAUCCAGUAUGACAAAGGACUCGGCAAUUCUCGCUUCCUCCGUGCUGUGCGAGCCAGGCACAAGUUUGGACCCAUCGUCGUUAAGACUUUCGUCAAACCGGAUCCAUCGAUGAGCCUCAAGAGCCUCGUCAAGCAUAUACGCAUCGAACGCGAGUCUUUGGCCGACGUGCCCAACGUCCUAACCUAUCAGAAAGUGGUGGAGACCGAACGCGCAGGCUACCUCAUCCGACAAUGGCUGCAUAGCAACUUGUACGACAGAAUCAGCACUCGACCUUUCCUCAGCGCCAUCGAGAAGAGAUGGAUCACAUACCAGCUGCUUCAUGCGAUGCGAGAUGCUCACGACCGGGGCAUCGCGCACGGCGACCUCAAGUGCGAAAACAUCCUCGUCACCACCUCCCUGAUGAUCUACGUUACCGAUUUCGCAUCGUCUUUCAAGCCGACUUUCCUUCCGCUCGAUGAUCCUUCCGACUUCUCCUUCUUCUUCGACACCUCUGGCCGCAGAACAUGCUACCUGGCGCCAGAACGGUUCUACGAGGCAGGCUCCAGAUACGCCCCAGCCAUGGCGGCAUUCACUUCCAACGACGCCGAAGCGCUCGACCGUCUCGGUAACGUCCAGGCGGAUCUGCUCGGUCUCGGAAGGCAGAGCGGCAAGGUCACACAAGCUAUGGACGUCUUUUCGAUGGGCUGCGUCAUCGCUGAACUCUGGCGCGAAGGUGCACCAACAUUCACUCUCAGUCAAUUGUUCAAGUACCGCGAAGGCAUCUUCGACAUCGACGCGAUGCUCGCGGGAAUUCAGGAUGAUGCGGUCCGAGAGCUCGUCAGGAGCAUGAUCGCUUUGAAUCCUGCAGAUCGCAAGACCUUCGAGCAGUACUUACAGCAAGGACGUGGUACCGUGUACCCUUCUGCCGUUCCGGAUUUCUUCCACGACUACCUUGUCGAGCUGCAACGGACAUCUCCAGCCAACUCGAGCAACGCCCAUGCGACCGCAGGUGCUUCGUCCGUCGAUAGCGCUGCCAGUGCCUCCAACGCAUCCGUCACUGCCGCAUCGAUGCGAUCUGAGGCAUCAAGCCGACAGGCACAACGAGCAGAGAGCGACGAACGCAUCGAGAAGCUCUAUGAAGAGUGGUCCGAUAUCGUGCCAUUCUUUGACGAUCCAGCGAAUGAGGGAUCUGCAUCGAAAUCAUCGACGAGGGCCGGAACACGCUUGGAUGGCAUCCUUGGACGUUCUGCGUUCCAGUCGAGCAACCAGCAUCGAACAGAGGGCGAGGCGCCGAACUCCGACGAACCAGGCAAAGUAGACCACGAGGAUGUUUAUCCGGUCCAUCUGUCGAUUCCUGGCCUACCACCGCAGCGAGCUUUGCUCGAGGCUGAUGGAGCUCAAGUUGACGGCACGGCGCAGCUGGUGCUGUCCGUCAUCCUCGCCAAUGUGCGCAAUUGUGUUCGACCAUCCUCAAAGUGCCACGCGCUUGAGCUACUCGUCCACCUCUCGACUCGAUGGCUCACGGACGAGACCAAGCUCGAUCGCGUGUUGCCUUUCGCCAUAUCCCUCUUCGAAGACCCUUCCUCGCAGGUUCAGAUGGCCGCUAUCCGCAGCUGCGUGCAGACUCUAAUGCUGGUCAAGAUCGUCACUCCUUCCAACGCGUCCAUCUUUCCCGAGUACGUCGUGCCCAAUAUCAAGCAAUUCGGGCUCAAUCCCUCUACGCCGGUCAGAUGCACAUUUGCCGCAUCGAUCGUGCCCCUGGCCGAGACGGCAGAACGCUUCUUGCAAAUGUCUCAAGCCAUGAGAGCGGAGGGCCUCUUCGCGGUGGAAAGCGACCUCAACGGCGGCUUCAUCGACGAUCAGCCCAACGAGUCCAAUUAUGACGAGCAGCUCCGAAGCUUGCAAGCGCUGCUGCAGGAUAUGAUCGUCACUCUGCUCACCGAUCCGUCUGCGUCGGUCAAGCGUGCUCUCCUUUCCAGCAUUGCACCCUUGUGCCGGUUCUUCGGCAUGGCAAAGACCAACGACGUCAUGCUCAGCCACAUGAUCACAUAUCUCAAUGAUCGUAACUGGCUGCUCCGGGAAGCCUUCUUCGACAUCAUUGUCGACGUCGCCGAGGUGUCAGGCAAUCGCAGUCUGGAGGAGUACGUUUUGCCGUUGAUGACGCAAGCACUCUCGGAUUCGGAGGAGAAUGUGGUCUAUCGCGUCAUCAACGGACUGCGCACCAUGGCCGAACGUGACUUGCUGGAUCGCAGUCGCCUCUUGACCCUACUGGAAACGACGAUCGGUUUCCUCUGUCAUCCGAAUUUGUGGUUGCGACAAGCAUCUGCCGGUUUCAUCGCAGCCGCCGCGGCCAGAUUGGACGACGUCGACGUUUGGUCGAUACUCUACCCGUCACUUCGCCCGCUCUUGCGGGCGGACGUGCAAAAUCUGAUCGAAGUCACCUUGCUCGACCUGGCCAGACCCCCAAUCCCUCGAGCUGUCUAUUCGGCUGCGCUUGUAUGGGCCUCUCAAGCAUCUCAUUCUGUCUUUUGGAAAGGCCAGGCGGAAGGCAAGGAUCCGGCCGGCCUCAAGAAUGGUCUCGCCACGGAAGGCGUCGGGCUUCUGCUCGGUAAGAACGGCCGCGAGCUGAUCGUGCCAGAACGAGGUCGCAGCGACGAGGACGACCGUUUUCGUGAUAAGCUGAGGAGUCUGGGGAUGGACGACGGCGAUGAGAUCAAGCUCGUUGCGCUUCGCAGCAUUAUACGACGUCUGUCGAAGCAAGGCUCCAAGGUUGCAUCCGGCCAGCUUGAGUGGGAAGCAGGCGGAGGAGCGAAUGGCGCUAGCGGUGCGAACGUUGAGGGCGGACAUUUGCAGCCGAAGGCGGUCAUCGAGCCGCAGUCGCUGGACGGCAUCACGCCGCAGACCAUCUUCUUCAGCACCAAGAUCGAGCAGCGGGCGGCGUCCGUUGCCUCGGAAGGAGCUAGCGCCUACACUGGCACCUUCCGAUCGCAGGAAGACGCCUCCUUCUCGGCCCAAAUCGCCAAACGAAGGCUUCUGGGCCAUCGUACCUCGAGCGAGAGCUCAUACACCAGUCUGAUUGCAGAGCUCAGACGAAGGAUCAAUGCAGGCACCACUGCAGAAUCACAGCCGUCCGCAUUCUCUUCGCGUCUCUCGAGCCUUGCUGAAGAGCAUGCGCAGAGCCAGCAACGCGGCACUGCUGGCUCGGGAUCUGCACCGGCCCCGUCGAGCGCUCUGUCCCAACAGACGCAGACGCGACUCGGCGUUGGAAAGGCAAGCGCUGCCGUGGCAUCGACGUCGCUGACGGCAACGGGUACGAUGACCGAAGCUUCUGCGCGAGCGCGCGCUCAGCAUGCAGCGACCGCACACAGCUCGUCGAGACCCACACCGGCGGGGUCGCGUGCAUCGACGAUGCGAGGUCAGGGCGCUGGCGAUGCGGGAAAGCUCGGAGCAGCGACAGGUGUCGACGGAGGCUCGAGUUCGGUGUUCACAAGCACCUACGACGGCAACGACCCUUACAUUCGUGCUCACCUCGAAGCGGUCUACAUGGAUUCGUUCCGCGACCGACCCGAGCUAGGUCCCAAGAUCCACGCAGGCGUCGCGCGAAGGAAAGGCGGCGGGCCGUGGAAUCGUGCACCGACGCUUCCUCGAGCACCAAGCUCGAGCGCAAGCAAGCGUCGACCUGAAGGACGGCUUAUUGCCUACUUUACCGAGCACACGGCCGCCAUCACCUGUCUAGCCCUCUCACCAGACCACGCAUACUUCGUAUCCGGCUCGCAGGAUGGAACACUCAAAGUAUGGGAUACGGCUCGACUGGAGAAGAAUGUCACCUCAAAGUCUCGGGCCACCUAUUCGGCGCAGAAAGGCGCUAUCACGGGCGUCAUCGCGAUCGAAGCGAGCCAUUGUGUCGCGUCGACAGCCACCGACGGCUCGCUGCACGUGUGGAGGAUCGAGAUGAUCCAAUCGACAUCGUCUGUACCCAGAUACGGCCGACCGAAGCUCGUCUCCAACUUUCAACUCAGCACACCGGACGAAUACGCGACGUGUCUGAUCCAGAGCAACACCGAGACAUCGUCGCAUUUGAUCUUGGGUACGACGCUGAGCAGGUUGACCAUCUUGGAUCUGCGAACGAUGCAGGUGCUCCAAACGCUUCGUAAUCCGGUUGAGUUUGGACCCAUCACGUGCCUCUGCGUCGAUCGGAAGAAGACCUGGUUGUUGGUGGGGACAUUGUCGGGUGUUGUCUGCUUGUGGGACUUGCGAUUUGGUCUGCGGCUGCGUGCUUGGAGGGUCGGGCCCGAGGAGGGUGGUGAGAUGAUGUACCGGGUCAACAAGAUUGCGAUCCAUCCGUCCAAGGGGAGGGGACGAUGGGUAUUGAUCGCGUUCGAGAGAUUCGGAGAGGGAGGAGCGGGUGGCAGAGAGGACGGUGUGCAUUGUCCUGAAGUUCUGGUGGAGACUUGGGACGUUGAUCGUGGAAUGCGUGUCGAGACGUUCGAGACGCAGCACGAGGUUGCCGUGGGGGACGCGAAGAAAGAACAUCGAAGCACCAAGCUGCGACCGGUUCUUGAAGGAGCGGAUAUUCGAGCCGAUACGCUAAGGAACGAAUUGGGGGAUAGCAACGAUUCGACCCGCACGGUGACACGUGUUAAGAGCGGGCAUGAUUCCAUGCUGACGGGAGCGGCGGCGGCCAUCGAAAAGCUGCUACAGCAGCAGCAGCAGAGGCAGGCGCAGGCGUCGACUGACGCUCAUAUUAGGACUGCAGCCGUCGAUCCGUUCCCUUCCGAGACUCGGCCCGGCACUUUGACCACCGCAGCCCGUGUACCGAGUUGCGCCGUCAAAGCUCUCUUUGUCAGUCUUGAGGGCUAUACCAGCUCCUCGCUUUCCAACGCGCCGUCUGCAAAUCAAUCCAAACCCGCGAAUUCGGAUGCUCCCAGCGAGCCGAGAGACGGCACGGAAACCAUCCACGCAGAGACUGGCGGCGGAUGGCUCGACGUGGCCAAACUCACAAGUGGCACCGAACGCAUGUCGAUCAACGAACCAGGGUCGACGCCGAUUGCUUCCAGUCACGGCGGCAGCGGACCGGGCGGCUACAUGAUCACUUCGGGCGCCGACGCCCAACUGCGGUUCUGGGAUCUAGGCAAACCGGAAAAGAGUCUGGUGUUGAGCGUCCCGCCUCGCAUCGUUUCUUCGCACUCGCAACGAUCGACGACCGCCGCCAGCGGCACAAUGGUCGCGAUCGAUGCCAAGUCGGAUUUCCGCACGAUCGGCGGAACAGCACCGACGAGGGUGGUGCAUACGAUGUGGUUCGGCGAAUCGAGCGAUGGUACGGACGACGUCGUCAGGGUGGCCGGAAAUGGGGGCACGCGACUCAAGUCGCCGCUGCUGGCGAAUCAGACGGCCAUGUACGCGCACAUGUCGAGAGCGCACAAGGACGCGGUGACCGAUGUACUGGUCAUCGAGGCUCCGUUCCGAUGCAUCGUCGCGGGCGACAGGAGCGGAUGCAUCCGCGUCUGGGAGUGA